GUUAAACAGCAGCGUAACGUUUGACUUUCUAUUGGUUUCCCAGUUCCCACAACCUUAAGUUGCCAUUUUUCAACCCUUUGCAAGCAUAAAACAGCCAUUUAUAUAUAUUACACCCAUAAUCUAGUUCCUACGAUCCAUAUAUGUGCUGGAUGAAUAAACAGUAUGGGAUCAAAUCCAUUGCCAUCCUUUGUUAUUGUUUUAAUUCUCUUGGUUCUUAAUGGCCAAGGACCGAUGACUGCAAAAGUUGAAGCCAAAAGCACUGUUCACAUCGUUUACCUUGGAGAAAGGCAACAUGAUGAUCCGAAGCGGGUUACGGAUUCUCAUCAUGACUUGCUUGCUACGUUGGUAGGGAGUAAGGAGGUAGCCUCAGAUUUGAUGGUUUACAGUUACAGACAUGGCUUCUCCGGCUUUGCAGCCAAGCUUACAGAGUCACAGGCAAAAAAACUCUCAGAGUUGCCUGGUGUUGUUCGAGUAAUACCGAAUAGCCUUCACAGACUGCAAACAACUAGGAGUUGGGAUUUCCUUGGCUUGUCUUCUCAUUAUCCUAAUCAUGUUCUUCAAAACAGCAAGAUGGGUGAUGGAGUAAUCAUUGGUGUCUUUGAUACUGGAAUAUGGCCAGAGUCUAAAGCGUUUAGUGACGAAGGGCUUGGACCGAUCCCAUCUCAUUGGAAGGGAGUGUGUAAAUCUGGGGACCAGUUCAAUGCAGCAACUCACUGCAAUAGGAAAAUCAUUGGAGCUCGUUGGUUCAUCGAUGGAUUUCUUGCUGAGUACGGACAGCCAUUGAACACAUCUGAUGAUCCUGAGUUCUUGUCACCGAGAGAUGCUAAUGGACAUGGAACGCAUACAUCUAGCACAGCAAGUGGUGCUUAUGUAAGAAAUGUUAGCUAUAGAGGACUUCUUUCCGGGACAGUAAGAGGCGGUGCGCCGCGUGCUCGGCUGGCCAUAUAUAAAGUCUGUUGGAAUGUGCUUGGUGGACAAUGUGCAUCAGCUGAUAUUUUGAAAGCUUUUGAUGAAGCAAUACAUGAUGGAGUUGAUGUUUUAUCACUUUCAAUUGGGUAUUCAUUACCUUUAUUUUCAGAUGUCGAUGAACGAGAUGGGAUUGCUACAGGCUCUUUCCAUGCCGUUGCUCGGGGCAUCACGGUUGUCUGUGGAGCUGCAAAUGAAGGACCUUCAGCUCAAACAGUGCAGAACACAGCACCAUGGAUAUUAACCGUUGCAGCAAGUACCAUGGAUCGAGCUUUGCCUACACCCAUAAUGCUUGGGAACAAUAAAACCUUCUUGGGUCGAGCCAUUUUCACAGGAAAGGAGAAGGGAUUUACCGGCUUGACAUACCCAGAGGGCACGGGGCUCGACCCUACUUCUGCAGGAGCAUGCCAAUCUCUUUCACUUAAUUCAACAUUGGUAGCUGGAAAAGUGGUACUUUGCUUUGCCUCAGUCACCAGUAGAGUUUCCGUAAGACUUGCUGCGGCAACUGUACAAGAAGCAGGAGGGAUUGGGCUGAUUAUUGCUAAAAAUCCAAGUGAUGCCUUGAUUGAAUGCAGGGAUGACUUCCCAUGCAUUGAAGUUGACUACGAAAUCGGCACCCGAAUACUCUAUUACAUUCGAUCCACAAAGUCCCCCACAGUGAAAUUAGGCCAUUCAAAAACACUUGUAGGCAAGCCUGUAUCAGCAAAGGUGGCCUUUUUCUCAUCAAGAGGCCCUAGCUCCAUUGCAUCAGAAAUUCUCAAGCCAGACAUAACUGCACCUGGAGUGAAUAUACUAGCUGCAACUUCUCAGCUGGAUCAGUGGAUGGAUGGUGGAUAUGCCAUACACUCAGGCACUUCAAUGGCUACUCCUCAUGUUUCAGGCAUUGUGGCACUUCUCAAAGCAAUACACCCUGAUUGGUCUCCUGCAGCUAUUAAAUCUGCAUUAGUCACAACCGCAAGAACAAAGGAUGCAUCAGGUUUCCCACUCUUUGCUGAGGGAUCACCUAAAAAACUGGCUAAUCCAUUUGAUUUUGGAGGUGGCAUUGUAAACCCCAAUGGAGCAGCAGAUCCUGGCCUAGUAUAUGACAUGGGGUUAUCGGACUACAUUCAUUACCUUUGUGCCAUGGGGUAUAAUAACUCCGCCAUCAGUCGACUUACAGGGCAAUCUACAGCGUGUCCAGCUGAAAAGCCUUCCUUUCUAGAUGUGAAUCUACCAUCCAUAACCAUUUCAAGUCUAAGAAGUUCAGUAACUCUUACAAGAACUGUGACAAAUGUGGGGUCCCCUAAUUCAAUUUAUAGAGCUGAUAUUGAGCCUCCAACCGGCAUGACUGUAACAGUAAAGCCUCACAUCUUGGUCUUCAACUCUAGAACCAAGAAGAUCUCCUUCAAUGUUACAGUGUGUGCAACAAAACAGGUGAAUACAGGGUAUUUCUUUGGGAGCCUGACUUGGAGAAAUGAACAAAAUGCUGUGAGAAUUCCAUUGUCAGUAAAAACUGAGAUUUUGGAGUCUUAUGCUGAUGAUAAUUAAUUGUUACCUUGCAGUCCAACAUUGCAUUUUGUAAACUAAAUUUCAAGAAACUUAUGUGGUCUAAAUCAGAUUGCAUUUAUUUAUAUGAGAUGUUAAAAGAGUCUCUUCAUUGGA